GUUGUACCCGGAGCAAUUCCAAUCAACGAGCCGCUUAGAUCUGGCUGCAAGAUCGACAUCCAUGGCAGAGUGACCAAUUGUCACCAUAACAACUUCUCCAUCGAACUUUUAUCAGGACCGCACAUUGUUCUUCAUGUGGACUUCCGCUUUCAUCACGAGCACGUAAUCGUGAUGAAUUCGGCAAGUUACGGAAACUGGGGAGUUGAGGUCAGACACGAUAAUCCACUCCAUCACGAUGAUACUUUCUAUCUCCACAUUCACGCGCAUCAUGAUCAUUACAAGAUUGAACUGAAUGGUCAUCUUCUGACCAACUACGCUCAUCGUUUCCCAAUGGAAGCUGUGCAAGCUCUCGGUUUGAAAGGUGAUGUCACCAUCGAGAGAGUUCACUUCUCCGGAUUUCAUUUCAACAUCGGUCGGUCUUUAUCACAAAGGUUUUCGAUUCUUUCUUGA